UUGAAAAUUUACAUGCGCACCGCUUUAAAAGUUUUCGAACGAAGCGGAUACAUGAAUUAAACCAUUAAACAUCGGCUUUAAAAAAGAAGAGAUUACAUGGAAUAGGUCUUUCAAUUACAUGUUGGUUUUAAUAAUUAAUUUGUGUCAUUGAAUUUAGAAAAGGAGAUAGAGAACCAUUUAUGAAAACUUGAAAAUGAACCUUGAACCAUCUUUACACCAGGCUUUGAAAGGAGGUAUUGCACCUCUUCAAGAGCACCUGUUACAAGGUAGUAUUGUUGAUACGUCCAAGGAUUAUCUUAUCAACAGACUGAGAGGUCUGUGUGACAAUGCUGAUUCUCCUCCAGAAACAUUCCUAGACCAUGAAAUGGUCUUCCAUAUGAAGGGUAAUCAGCAACAACAGCCUGUAACAGUACAUCUCCGUCAUUCUUUAAUGGAAACUGAAUGUUGGCAUUUACGGUAUGUGGGUAAUGCUGAGAUGGGAGAUAAAAGUCGUCAUGCUUUGUGUCGGUCUUGUGUUGACAUGGGAGUGUCGGAGUCCAUAGUUAAAUACCUCAAUGAAAUAGGCUUUAAAAUGGACUUUGAGUUUGUAGCUAAAGGAUACUUCUUCCAUAAAGGCAGAAUGAAAGUGACUGUGUCCAAGUUAUUUAAGAUGAACCAACCAGGGGAUGUUAAUAACUUGGAGCCUAUUACACUGUCGUGUCUCGUUGAACUGAGUGUUGUGGCUCCGACAGGACAAGAGCAGAUCGGUGAAGAUAUGAAAAACUUUGCAGAACAGUUGAAGCCUCUUGUACAGCUGGAAAAGGUGGACCAUAGAAAGUUACAGACAGGUACUUGAUGGGAUGUUACAGUGUUGCUAUGGAAACAUAUGUUGAUGUUAGGAUGAGAAGAAAUUUACUGUGCUAGGAUGCUAUGUCAUGGAUUAUAACAGUGUCACUAUAGGAACACAUAAUGAUGGUAGAAGUGAUAGAAGUGUAACAGUGUUAUACAUGUAUUAUGAAAAUAUUUUAAAUAACAAUAUUUUAACAGAAUGGAAUGCAACAUCAGUUCCAUGGAAACAUGUUUGGAAUGGAAUGAAAUGAUAAUGGAAAAAAAAACUAUGCAUCUUUGUUGCUUUGAAGUUGUAAUAAUGCAAAUAUGAGUAUGUAAGUGUACAGUUGUUAUAGGCUGGUCUCUGUUAGUACUGUGGUACUUAAUUUGUUGCUUGACUUUAUAUGAGUAUAUGGAGAACUUUCUACUCACCCUGAGUAUGUGUCAAGAUUUCUUUAUUUGUUUAAGUAUCUACAUCAAAUUCAAAUAUAUGUUCCUUAUCAUCAGCCACAUUAUAUGUCACACGGUUCUUAUUUCUGGCACCAAUCUUUUCUUGAACAUAGAAUUUUUCUUAUUAUCUUGUCACUGUAGUUCUUGACCUCAGGUUUCAAAUAUUUUUUCAUUACAGUAUAGAAAUUGUCCUCAGGUUUCAAAUAUUUUUUCAUUACAGUAUAGAAAUUUCUAUUUCAUUUUAAUUGACAUGGUCACAUGCUUGUUAUGUGAUGUAAAAAUGUUAAACAUUUAAGUGCUUUUUUGAUACUUGAUCAUAUUUUAGCUGUGUUGUCACUUUUGCCAAGUGGCAUAAGGGAACAUUCAACAGUAUUGCCAAUAUUUUUUUAGCUUACAAUAUUUGUUAAGUAUAAAGUUAAACUGUAAUAUAAUUUGAUGUCAAUGAAACCUGUUCUUGGUGGAUUAUGAGAUCUUUCUUCUAUUGUCAUGUACAUGGUUAACAUAUGUAAUAGUAUGGAAAGAAGAAUUGUGUAAGUGAACAA